GAGCUGCUGGCCUUCCUGCUGGCAGGACUGGCAAGCCAGCCUCUUUUCUCCCUUUGUUUGGCUCUCCAGAGGGAGCCCCCAUCUGCUGCCAAAGGGGCAGUAAACCGAAUGUUUGCUGUGCAAUCAAGACCUGUUCGGGCCUAAGGGGAGACGAUGGUGGGGGAGGGGAAAAGGAGCACUGGCUGCAGGCAUUCAGUGAGCCAGCAGCAGCAGUGACGAUGUUGCCUUGGUGGCGGUGACACAACAAUGGGAGUCACAGAGGUCACAAUGGGAGCUGCGCCUAUAAAUGCAGCAGCCAGGGAGCCCCACUGCUAUUGGAUCUGCGUGACAGCCACCUCCAGGCCAUGUCUGCAGCAAUCCUUCUACUUCUGGCCGUUCUGGCCAGCCAGUGUGGGUUGAAUCACCACGAGCAGGUAGAUGUGUCUGCAUCUGCGCGCAUGAAGCAGCAUGAGGAGUAUAUGGAGCAGCAGAUGACUCGACUGCUGCAGGAGAUUGAGAACAUCGGCAGCCCGAGGAAAGUUACACUCCUUUCCGUCUUGGCGUCCUGGCAGUUUCGAGUGGUUGCAACACUAGCCGCCAUGGUGGGCGCUUGGUGGAAUUGGAAGCGGAAUCUUGACCCUGAGGACUGCAGUGACUUGGACAGCUCCAGCAGCACAGAGAACGAGGAGGAGGAGAGAGCCACCAACAGUGCACACCGUAGUACUGAAUCUCUGCUGGUCACCCCAUCGCCAAUGGAAGAUGUGCAGGACACGCAGAGGAUGCUGGAGGCACUGUUUGAUGACCUCCUUGGUGUUUGCCGAGUGCUUUGCAGGAAGACUUUCAUGCCGCAGAUGGAGCCAGCCAAAGCUAGGUCUGGCACCUCUGAAUCUUGGGAUGUCCAGGAGAACAGCAUCACCUAUUUCCUGGACGUGUCUCUGCGGCCACCCCACGGGCACACUUUCAGCCUGGAGCCAGACACCACAGGGCAGAUGCCAGGGAGGUCUGCGAAGGUCCGUGUGGGGCUGGAGUGCAUGUGCUCAAGGGAGCAGCUGCUGGGGGACACAGUGUGCUUUCUCCACCACUCCAGCAACAGCCUGCCGAGGCACCAGGGCUCGUACCUCCUGUGCAACCUCUGCACACGCAGCUGCUUGGACCUGGAGAAAGUGUCCUGCUGGGUGCAACACCUCGUGAGCUCAGCCUGGCUGCUUUUGCCUCAGUCCUACCACUGGCAGCUAAAGGUUUUGCCCUCCUCCACAUCCUGCGUGUUCAAGCUGACAGGCAUCUCCAAGAUGGACAUCUGCACUGAGCUCUCCUUUGCAGUGCAGCUGGACAGCACGGGUGCCUCCCUGGUCCUUCAAUAGCCAGAGGCCACAGUGCAUGGCUGUUGAGCUGUGCACUUGUUGAGACGCAGCUUUUCAGAGUCACGGGACAGCUGUGGAAUCUGUGCCAGAGAUCUGAGGAAACCAGGCAUGGAGAAGACAGCGUUCAGAAGCAGCUGAGCAUAAUUGGACCUUGGAGUAUCUCUGCUGGCCCAGCUGAAGACAGCGAUGGAACCCUGGCCGCAGGCAUGGCAUCUGCACCAGAGAACCAGCACGCAUACACAAAGAGAAAUGCACAAGAAAAUCAGCUUGCCUCCUGAGGGAUGAUGAUGAACCAGGGGCCAUCCCGAGACAGGUAAAAAGUAUUUCAACGCCCAUCAAGGUGAGUACACAUCAACUGUCUCCUCUGAUACUGGGGUAGCUGGACAAAUUGCUUGGAAUUAAACAGUGGAACUUAACAGCUGGGAUCACUGUCUAGAAAAGGGGGAAAUGAACAUGCAGCUGCUUAGACCUGGAGAAAGCUGCCUGGUGGGUGAGCUCAGCCUGGCUGCUUUUGCCUCAGUCCUAUCACUGGCAGCUAAAGGUGUUGCCCUCCUCCAAAUCCUGUGUAUUCAAGCUGACAGGCAUCUCCAAGAUGGACAUCUGCACUGAGCUCUCCUUUGCAGUGCUGCUGGACAGCACAGGUGCCUCCCUGGUCCUUCAAUAGCCAGAGGCCAUCUUUACAGCCACAGAGCAUGGCUGUUGAGCUGUGCACUUGUUGAGACACAGCUUUUCAGAGUCACGGUAAGGCACGUCCAGCAAGGACGGCGUCCUCCUCAGAGGUGGUCACAGGCUUCUGCCUCCCAGCCUGUGAUCCUUAGGACCUUGUGUCAUACCGGAGGCAAUGAGCUUGGACACCAGAACUCAGAAUCUGCUCUUCCUAGGGACAGCUGUGGAAUCUGUGCCAGAGAUCUGAGGAAACCAGGCAUGGAGAAGACAGCGUUCAGAAGCAGCUGAGCAUAAUUGGACCUUGGAGUAUCUCCGCUGGCCCAGCUGAAGACAGCGUUGGAACCGAAGCUCCUGUUAGCCCCUAUAAUUGGCUGGGACCAGCCAUCCUGUUAGAAAUAACUGAUCCCCUCUUGGACCUUUAAACAGUUUAAAGAUGACAAUAAAUGAUCUUGCUUGAACUGAGA